UGAUUGGGUGAGUGGCAGUGGCUGCGCCCGGGGAUUGGCUGAGGUGGGGCAGUGCGGUAGAAAGCGGAAGCGCAGCUGCGGCCGGCGGCAUGCAGGUCCCUCCCCAGGACAUCCAGAACGUGCCCAUCGACAUCCAGACCGGCAAACUCCUGGACUGGCUGGUGGACAGGAGGCACUGCAGCCUGCGAUGGCAGAGCCGCGCGCAGGACAUCCGCCGGAGGAUCGACGCGGCCAUGGGGGACAUGCCGGAGCACCCGGAGAUCAAGCAGCUGCUGGCGGGGGCCUACCUGCACUAUUUCCACUGCCUGCGCAUCGUGGAGAUCCUCAAGGGCACUGAGGCCUCCAGCAAAAACCUCUUUGGACAUUACUCGUCCCAGCGCAUGAAGGACUGGCAGGAGAUCGUGUCCCUCUACGAGAAGGAGAACACCUACCUGGCCGAGCUCGCCAGCCUCCUGGUGCGCAGCAUCAGCUACGAGAUCCCGUCGCUGCGGAAGCGGAUCCGCGGGUGCCAGCAGGCGCAGCGGGACUUCGCGCGCCGCGAGGAGGAGUGCCAGCUGCGGGCGGCCGAGCUGCGCGAGCGCUUCUUCGCCUCCUGCAAGCAGUACGGCAUCGCCGGUGACAACGUGCGCCAGGAGCUGCUGGCCUUGGUGAAGGACCUGCCGUCGCUGCUGUCGGAGAUCGGGGCGGGCGCCAGCGCGCUCGGCGAGGCCAUCGAGCUGUACCAGGCCUGCGUGGAGUUUGUGUGCGAGAGCCCCUCGGAGCGGGUGGUGCCCCUGGUGCGGCACGUUGGGGCCAGGGGCAACACGACCGUGUACGAGUGGCGGACGGGGCUGCAGCCGCUGCGCGUGGAGCGGCCGGAGCUGCAGGAGCAGCCGGAGCAGCCGAAGGAUGACGCGAUCGACUGGGGGGACUUCACGCUGGAGCCCAGCGCUGGGGGUGAUGGUGCCGCUGCUGACGGGGGAGCCCCCGGCGAGGAGAUCGACUGGGGGAUCACACUGGAGCCCAGUCCCCAGCAGGAGGACACCAUCGACUGGGGAGAUGGGGAAAGUGAGGAGGUGCAGAUCACGGUGCUGGAGGCCGGUACCGAGGUGCCCGAGGGGGUCGCCUGUGGCUCGGACGCCCUGACGCUUCUGGAACACACCGAGACCCGCAGCCAGUUCAUCGACGAGCUCAUGGAGCUGGAGCUGUUCCUGUCCCAGCGCCUGGUGGAGAUGGAGGAGGAGGCCGACGUGGUGGCCGUCAGCCAGUUCCAACUGGCCCCCCCCGCGCUGCAGGGCCAGACCAGCGCCCGUGUGGGCGCCCUCCUGGCCAGCACCCGGGCGCUGCUGGGCCGGCUCUGCGCCCGCAGCCUGCAGCACCUCUUCAUCAUCCUCGCCUCCCCCAGGUACGUGGAGCGGGUGAGCGAGGGGCUGCGGCAGCGGCUGCGGCAGGCGGAGCUGCUGCUGGCCAAGGGGGCGGCCAUGGGGCAGAAGCGGCACGAGGCCCUGGCCGAGCAGGGGACGCUGGAGCCGCAGCUCGACCGGCUGCUGGAGAAGACCAAGGAGCUGCAGAAGCUGAUCGAGGAGGACAUCUCCAAGCGCUACGGUGGCCGGCCGGUGAACCUGAUGGGGGUCUCUCUGUGAGCCCCCCCAGAACUGGCACCCACAGGGGGUCCUGCCCUCCAUUUCCCCUCCCCAUUUACAGCCCUGUGGUGCUGGUAGCGGUGCCGUGGCCUCGCUGGGGGGUGGAUGGUGUUGAAUAAAGGCAAAGUUCUACCCCCCCC